CCAGCUACUCCUAGUUUGCGAACUUCCUAUUUCCCUCCGGAUCAUCACCUGAGAACACAUUUGCCGAACGUUUUAAGUAUGACGUUAUCUCGUCAUCGCUGCUGUCUACAUCGCUAGCUGCUCCAUCAAGCACGUCUCGUCGCACAUCUGCCCUUGACUUGCCUGGAAGACUGGAUAACGAGAUUGAAUACUCAGCAAACCCGAAUGCCGACCAGGAUUACCUAUCACCGAUAAUAUUUGCUAUCAGCGAGCUGCCAUGGCCACUCAUUCUUGGUUUACUAGGAGCUCUCACGCUUGCUAUCGAGUAUUACUUCAUCGCCGUUCUCCUGCUUGGUGGUGCGACGUAUAUGCGGCAUGUUUCCACACCAAGUACGUGUCAUCCCGAACCUGCGCGUGGCCUGUCUGGAAGACAGGAUAGCGAGAGGGAGCACUCGGAGAGUCAGAAUGCUCGUCAGGAGCAUCAUCUUCCAGCGAUCACUAGAUUAGGCGAACUGCAAUGGCCAGUCGUUCUUGGUUUACUAGGAGCUCUUGCGCUUGCUAUCGAGUAUUACUUCGUUGCCAUCUUCCUGCUCGGUGGUGCAUCGUACAUCUGGCAUGUUGCCAAAGGUAACAGCGAGAAAGCCAGUACCAUGACGGCAACGCUGGAUGCAGUGAAUGAGCUCAUCUCGGCGGGCAACGUCUGGGAUUCCGCCGUCAAUGAGGCUGUCUCGAUUAUCGAGAAGGAAGAGCGAAGUAUCUUCUAUGGCCCCACCAAUCCGCGCUCGCCAUCCUCUGGUCUGCGCAUUUCUCUCCAGUCGUCAUUGCACACGACACAGACACAAUGCGACAACGUACGUCAGCUGAUAUCUGCGCUGACAGAUCCAUCACAGCUCUCCCAACUCUCUGAGAUGUAUGCGCCCUCCUCUCCCCUGAUGACCUCCUUCUCGUUCCCCGAUCAUCCUCGCCCCGCAUCCGUACCAAUGAGCCGUCAACGAACAACGUCUGCGCCGACGAACAAGCGCGCAACGUGGAAUGGGUCGUACGCCGCGUUAGCACACGCGGGUAGUCCUACCGCGCAUCUUGCUAAGCGUCGAGACCAUCGCAGGUCGGACGUAUAUAGCCUGUUUGCCGAUCCAGCGUCACGGCUCGCGAGCGUAAGUGCGCCUCCAAGCCCUCAAGUUAAUCUGCCAUUGCACGACGUGCAGGAAGAAGACGAUACCGACGAUGAUUUUGAUGAACUGCCAAAUCCUCACGAGUCAUUUUUCGGUGCUGAAGCCUUGGAUUUGCAACGAAAACGGAGGAGUGCCGCACUUGAGACGUUUGGUGUGCCUCCGCCUAGUUAUUCCAGCCAUCAGCCUCGAACUCCGAGCACGAGCCGUUCGGCUACCUCCAGCCCGAGACAAUUUCCAAAGCUCCCGUCUUCCUCCCGAUUCACUGCAGUACACACCACCCGCCACCCCUUAUCCCUAUCCGGCCUCCAACUGGCUCUCCACGGCGCACUCUCUGCAAAGCGCUACGCAUGCUCUCAUCUACUCGCCCUUCGGUUCGGCGAGGAUGAAGACGACUCAUAUUGGGAGGACGUGCGGUCGUUGAUGGCGCUGUUGACAAGUACAUUCGAAGACGCAUCCGCACGCCUUAUGGAGGCCCUCGACGACGCAGAGAAGAAGCGCGUCAGGGACGAGCGGCCGAGUCCAGAGCCGCAAGCGGGGCCGUCAGCAGCAGCCCAGUCUCACGGUGCUCGCACCAUGGCGGAAAUGAUAUCGUUCGCGCCGAUGCCAAGCCACCUCACGCGAUUCGCGGUACACGUCGACGCGAUCUCGUCCGCAUUGAAUGACGCGAGGGAUCAUCUUGAACAAUGCGUUGCUGCAUUGUACGAGCCCGCGUCAUCUGAUCGCACUGCCGUGCCCGGGCCCGACGGUGCGACUGUUGUGCAGGAACACCCUGCAUUCCAGGCGUAUGAUCGCCUCAGGAAGGAGCUUGGCUAUGCGUUGCGGGAAUGUGAGCGCGGGCGAGAACGUCUGCUCGAUAUCGUGUCUCCUCGGCCUUCACCACCAGAUGAACUGGACCCUUUUGCGGACGACACUCCCGGCUUGGGGAGAGAUAGUGAGAGCGAAGCAUCUGACAGACUGGGACCAACGUCUCCUGCUUUCCGUCAGACCGAUGAGCCGGCUAUCACUACCACGCAAGGACUCGGUCUGACUGUCUCACUUAAUCGCGAUGACGAGGAACUGGAUGAUGCGACAUCACAUUUAUUGUUGACUGCGUCGUCGCAACAUCUCCCGCCGCCAGGUGUUGAGCAGGUGUAUGAAGCAGACCCAUCCACGGUGACGCCGUUUACGCGCGAGCGAUCGAAGCUAUCGCGCGAGGAGCGCAUCAAGCUGAUGAAGGCGCGACGAGGCAGCAGCAAGUAUGCCUCCAGCACACUGCUCGACCCUACCUCGCGGCCAAGCAGUGAACAGUGGGGGCCCAGCGGAGAAGUCGUGCAAGAGCUGAAGGACGUCAUCUGGAAGGUCAGUGAGAAGCGGAGGAAAAUGAGUGAGCGGCCGGACGGUGUGCCGGCGAUGUCCUCGGCGGCGAGUGCGGAUGAUACCUUUCGGACAGAACGUUCGGAUAGUCCCUUCGUUCCGGCCUCAUGAUGUAGUAUAUUAUUUCGCUUGGUUGAUCCACACUCAUGCCUACAGUAUCUGGCUAUGUAAUAGGCAAUUUCUCAUUUAUCAGGAGUCUGUCUGCUUGGAUAUUUGUCGUAAUGCUAUCGUUGAUGCUGCUUGUUCCUCUCCUCGCCUUCGCUCUGAAUGAGGGCUAUAUGGCUGUACGCGGUUAUUCGGACGGCGAGGUCGUAAUGCAUGACCGCAGCCGGAAAUUGUUCUUUCCUACGAAUUAUGCCAGGUAAGCUACAGAAUGU